AAAGUCUUAUUCUUCUAUUGACAUUCGAAGACGAUGCGAGUGGUGUGAAAGGAAACGACGCAUUUGGCAAGGAUUUUCCCUUGUAAGCAGUCCUUGAGAAAGCCGGAAAGUCUUUGAAAAGUGUUAAAAUUACAUUAGCAGUGAAUUUGUUUCUUGUGCAGCCAUGGACGAGGAUUCGCGAGGUGAUGAGCGUAUGGACAUUGUAGAGGAAAGCAGUGAUGCAGAUGAUGAAUCCGUGCGAGUCUUCGCUGUACGACCAAACACUAUUCGUCAGUUAUUCGGAUUAUUACGGCCCCAUUCGCAUUCCUCGCGUAAUGCUUCCCGACAUAAUGCACAUCAAUCCUCCGAACAGGACGCAAGUAGCAGCGAUGCACGUGCUGUUGGAGCGCCAAGCGUUCCAAUCAACUUCGAUACCGAACUUCCUACCGAACAUUCAUAUCUAGGUAAUAUGACACAAGUGUCGGGAGUGGGGUACUUAGAUGCAGGCAAAAUCUAUAAUAUGCUUAUAUUCGUACAUCAUUCAAUGGUUUUUCCGGGGGAAACUUUGCCUAUGAUCAUACCCGAUUACCUAUUUGAUCCUACAUUGUUCGGUGAUGAGGCUAUGCUGUUUGGUGUGAUAUUCCCGAGUAUGUUGGAAGUGACAAAGCCGAAUUUGUAUGGAGUGACUUGCCAGAUUUAUGAGAAGCGAAACGAUGAACAGGAUAAUAUGAUAAUAAAGUGCAGGGUGCAUCAGAGAUUUGUUAUUUCCAAGGAGUACAAUAAAAACUUCUCUAGACUCCUGGAGCCACUACCAAGGAAAGUCUAUGCAAAAGUUCUUAUACUGCCAGAAAUUAUCCUCCCCGACCCGCUUUAUUCCUUAAAUUUAGGAAGUUUGUCACGGUUCCGAGAUAUUGAUGCCUUGAGCAAUAAACUAAGGCAGCUACAAGCUGCUACCACUAUCUGGCCACAAUACGUAUUCAAUCAGCAUAAAUUGGAUACAAUCAUUGAACGAGCGAAAAAAUUCAUUACCUCAUAUAAGAUUGAAUCGAUGCCGACUGAUUUGACUUUUAUGUCCUUUUGGCUAUGUCGAAACUUAAUAUUUGAUCAAGCUGAAAGGAUCAAGGUAUUCAUUACGAACUCUGUGAAUAUGCGCAUGCAAAUUAUUGAGAAAUCGUUGGAUCAGAGACGCUUCUUCUGUUGUAGUCGUUGUAAAAAUCAAAUAGCAGACUGCAGUUCACUGUUUGCUAUGUCGAAACAUGGCGUACAGACAAAUUACUGCAAUCCUUCUGGAUUCAUUCAUGAAACGAACACCGUAUAUUCAAUCAAGCCUGAUGCAGUCUAUCACUCAGGUGAACCCUCAACUGAAUUUUCAUGGUUCCCAGGAUACUCUUGGGAAAUACUUCUAUGUCGAAUGUGCCAGAUACAUGUUGGCUGGCAAUUCAGUGCCGUGAAACCGAAUUUGGUACCGAAGAAUUUCUAUGCUUUGUCGAGUGUGAAUGUUAUCGUUGAUCUACCAUCAGAUGGUGAGUCAUUAAAUAAUGAUGAUGAUGAUCAUGAGAGUGAUAGUGAUGAUUUUUUUCAUUUGGUGGAAGAGUCAAUCGAUCAAAUGCCCAGUCAAGACUAAGGCAAUUAUUUUUAUAAAUACUAAAAAAAGGAAUAUGUUUAGCGGAUAUUAAUGUUAUUAUUUUAAGAAAAUGUAAAGAAGGAAAUUAUGUUCUAACUUUAUAUCUUGUAUUGAUUAUUUAUCAAUUGAAAAGUAAAAAAGCUAUGAUAUAAGA